GAGGAUGAAAGAGACGAGCCCGUUUUAAACGCUCCAAUAGCGUGACAGCAAGUGUCCAGGCUGAUCUUGAGAUGGAGGGUUUUGGUGGGCUGACGGUCCCCACUCAAGACAAGGGCCUGCAGUUCGGUUGCUCAUUCCAGCGCCACUCGUCCGAACCGGAAUCAGCCGGUCAGUUUGCAGAGUAUCGCACAGUGCACACACAGGGCCAGUGGGCCUACCGUGAGGAUUACCACAGCGGUUACACCAACGAGCCUGGCCCUCCAGAACUGAGGGCCCUGCCCCGCUCCCACUCCCCUCUGCCCCUGGCCCUUGAGCGUGGAGUGGGAGGCUGGAGCGAGGGUCUGAGGAGCCUCCCUGAUUCGGGCCGAGCCUCACCCUGCUUACGAGAUGGAGAGUUCUUCCUCCGGCUCCUGCAGACAGAAGUGGAGAGGAUGGAGGGAUGGUGCCAGAACAUGGAGAGAGAGGCAGAGAUGAAUGAACUGCCGGAAGACGUGUUGGAGCUCAUCAGAGGAGCUGUCGGCAGUGCUCAGAUGCUCAUGUCACAAAGAGUCCAGCAGUUCUUCAGGAUGUGCCAACAGAGUGUAGAUCCUUCAUCAUACCCUCAGCCCAGCACUCAAGAUCUGGCCAGUUAUUGGGACCUCCUCCAGUUAGCCAUCGAGGACGUCAGGGUGAAGUUUCAGGACCUCCAGCGGCUCAAGGAAUCGGGCUGGAGGUUGCCUCCUGAGAAGAAGGAGGACAAGAAGGUUCCACCUCCAUUACCAAAGAAGCCAGUCGGUGGCGUGACGGGCAGCCUGCGUGCUGACAGCACGACCGAGGCUGGAGGCAUGCUAGUGGUCUCGAGAGGACGUAGUGUUCCCGAACGGGAGAAAUCGUUGGAUGUAGGCGACCGCCAGAAGCUGGAGACACGGCGCAGGCUGCUCCAGACCAAACGCUCAGCCUCGUUCCGCCAGAAUUCUGCCACAGAGAGUGCUGACAGCAUUGAGAUCUACAUCACAGAGGCUCAGACGAGACUCUGAGUCAAUUGGACCACUUCAGAACCCCUUAAACAACUACUGCGGCUCUUCUCUGGCCGUCUGCACAGACGUCCAAGUUACAAAGCAGCCAGAGAGCGAGUGCAAUUACUCACUGAUGGGGAACUUGAGAUGGCUUACUAGUAUGCUGCUGGUGUAUGGAUGUGAGCUUACACAUUUUAUUUAAAUUUUUUUGUUGAGCAAGUGUUUCUCAGAAAAAGGGCUCAACCAGCACAACCAAGUGUAACAAUAUUGAGACUUGUAAUUGUAAGUCUACACAAUAUAUAAAAAUGUUAGUACUGUUUUAACGAACCACACCAUCACAUACGGGUGCAAUAUCAUAUAUUAAGAGGUUCUAUAUAUUUAUUUUAAAUAAUAGACCUUGUUUUGAUAUAAUCUUGGCUAUGUAUGUGUUUCGUAAUUGAUCCCACAGUACGGCGUAGCCACUUUCACUGUGACACAAGUGCACUCUUGUGGCCAGAGUAGAGCAAUGCACCCUGAUGUAAAUUUGCGCCUGAAACUGAAUGUUUUAGCAGUACAGUAGUAAAACCCCUGAGAGCAACUUUUGCAGUAUAGAUAAAUGCCUUUUUAAAGCCAGUGAUCAAAUUACCACAGGGAUUCAUCUCCCGUAUAGUGCAAUAUCACUUUGCAAUUGCAUUCAGGCUUUUCAUUAGCCCAAUGCAAAGACACACUUCUUAAAAAAAGAUGAGAGAGAGAAAAAAACAACAACAGAAACAUUCAAGCUCUGAGGCAACAGCCAUGUUUCCUGAAACAGGACGGUCUACAUCAUAAGACUCUUCAGAAACAGGGGUGCAGUAGACAAUCUUCAAACAAUAUCACACUUGACCUGCACACUGAAAAAUGAUUCAGAGAGGAGGGGAAACUUCUUGUUAAUUUCACCCCUCUGCCUUUUUUGUAACAGAUGAAAACCCUCUAACAUGAAAUCAAUGUAGCGUCUAUAUUU